AUGUCGGAUGUCGAUGGAGGGGUACCUGUAGGCCUGUACUCUAAGAUAGAACUCAAAAACUUCUCGAUAGCUUUCAAUCUCGAGGAUCAAGAUGACAUACCGAACAUAAGGAAUGUGAAAUAUAAAUCAUCCAGUGAUCAUCUAUGCUGUGCAAUUUGCCAGCAACCGUUUAUACAACCCCUUACUACCGUAUGUGGACAUACAUUUUGCAAGGAAUGUAUUUAUGAAUUCUUAAAGGUGCAGCACCAGCGAUCUAGUAGGAGUAGGACCAAUGGCAGUGAUGAUGAAGAAGAGGACUCUGGAAGGCUCAUUGGUUCGUGCCCUUUGGACAGGACGCCCUUGGAUUCCAGUAAGAUCAACGAAUUGUUUCCCACUCCUCUCAUAAUAUCCAAUUUGGUUGAUGAGUUGGAGGUUUACUGCUUGAAUUACGAAAGGGGUUGCGAAUGGACUGGGUGUCGAUGGGAGCUCGACCAUCAUGUCUUGAGCGACUGUGGAUACACCGGCGUUGCGUGCCACGGGUAUAGAACUGUAGACAGUGUAGAUAAGGAGGAAAACGAAGGUGAAGAAACCAAGAAGCAGACAGAUAUUUGCAAGAUGUUGGUAGAACGAAGGUUCUUAGAAGAACCGAGAUCCAAAACUGUAGGCGACGGCGAUAGGGACCAAGAAGAGUAUGAGUGCAUACAUAAAGUCUACGAGUGUACUUUAUGUCAAGCCAGAAUCACCAAGAUUGAAGAAGGUAAGCAUUUGCAAAGCUCCUGUCCAUAUAACUAUACCAAAUGUAAGCUUUGCUUCAACGAUAUGAUUCCAAUGAUGAAUCUUGCUAAGCACGAAGAGAACUGUGGGAAAGCGGGCCAUCUCAAGUGCCCUGCCCAUGAGAUUGGCUGCGACUGGGUAGGUAACAGUGACACUUCCUUAGAAAUACAUUUGCAGAAUAACAAUUGUCAGUUGAGUAAGCUACUCCCCUACAUGAAAAAUCUCAAUAACAAGAUCGAUGACUUGUCCAAAGAGAAUUCUCUUUUGCACAGACAGAUAAAUAAGAUACUAAAUCUGAUAAUACUGGGCAAGGUCACCAAUCUUGGAUAUCAUGAACCAAUGGAAGAGAUAAAUAGGUUCAGCUCGGAAUUAUCCAGCAUAGAGAACCAAGAUAAGUUAUUAUUUUUGAACUGUGAGCUAAACAGGCUAAAGUUCGAGCUAGAUGACAAAAUACUACCCUUCGUGAAUAGAGAAACUACUGCUCGUAGCGACAGAGAAAGCAUACUUAAUGGGUUGGUCAAUGACAAUUUUAUGAUGAAAGAUGACUUGAAUUUACAAAGAGCCCUAGUGAAUAGUCUAAGGAAACAGCUUCAGUUUAUGUUAUUCAAGAGGAACUCUCCUCCUGGGCUACAGAGUGGUGGACUAGGUGGAGGAAUGGGAGGGCCCAUCAGAAGUUCUGUGAGCUUCGCCGAGCCAGAGAGUGUCGAGUUCUUUGACAUUCCGUCGAGCAGUAACUCAGAAGAGAAACUCAAUCUUAAGCUCUAA